GCGGCUCGGGCCUACAGGACGUCACACGCGUCUGGACGGACGCCUGCUUGCACGAGCUGCAUUCGUCUGAACUGUAUUGCGCUGAACCACUGUUGCGCGGGGCUCUGUAUCGAUCAAAAGCUACGACACCCAAACUCGAUUGCGCCGACCGCGCGCCGCGACCAUGGGCCGACUGCUGCUCUCGAGCGGGCAGGUAUCGGUGAUGCUGUCCGCCAUGAUCGUCUUUGCCUUCACGUUCGCGCUCUUCCUCUCCGGCUACGUGCUGCAGCAGCGCUACGUACACAACCUGCAGGCUGCAAUCAAGCCGCGCAUGCCCAAACCUCUCCCCGCGCCGAAAAUCAUCCAGCCGCCGACGCUCGACGCGAAAUGGGCGCGGCCCACAGUGGAGGAUCCGAUGGCGCAGUACAUGGGCGGGCUGGAGCUGGACUGGGGCCGGCUGGGCUACGUGCAGGUGGUGCGCGAGCACGUCGAGCUGUGCAGCGCCGUGAUGCUGCUGUCGGACCUGCACCGCAUGAAGAGCCCCGCGCGGCGCGUGCUGAUGUUCCCCCGCCUGUGGCUGCAGGACGCCGACGCCGAAGGCUUCAGCCCCGAGAUGGCGACGACACGGCGCCUGCUGGGCACCGCUGCCCGCCGUUACGGCGUUACACUGGCCCCCAUGGCACCCAUCCACGACGGCGCCGACCCGACGCUGCCCUCGUCGUACUCGCUCGCCAGCCUCUAUUCACUCGUCGACUACGAGCGUCUCGUGUACCUGCAGGGCCCCGGCGUGCUCCUCGACGCCUCCUCGCUCGACUCGCUGCUGGCCUUCUCGCAGUCGGCGCCCAUGGCCGCAUACCCCGCCUCGUCCGAGCGCACUGCCCUCUCCACGUCGCUGCUGCUCAUCCACCCGACCCAGGCCAGCUUCCAGCAGCUCAAAGCCGCGCGCGCCGCCACGCCGUCGUCCGACCUCGCCCUCUUCCGCCGCACCUUCCACGCCCCCGAGUCGCUGAUCUCUGCCUGGUCGCUGUCCAUGGGCACUAUGGUGUACGAGGCGCACCAGCUGCGCGCCGAGGGCGCUGACUUCAACGCCACGGCCUUUGAGCAGUCGACGGCCUUUGUGCGCCUCGCAGACCCGGAGCUGCCUGGGCCCGAGUACGACGUCCCGUUUGCGGCGCGCGCGCGGCUGCGGCCCGAGAACGAGCAGGCGCUGGAGGUGUGGGGGAGGCUGUACGAGCGGUUUCGCCAGCAGCGGAUGGAGGUGUGCGGGCUGGAUCUGGAGGUGUACGCGGCGCCUGGGGUGCGGGGGUAGGGUUGUUUGUGGAUGGAGUUGUUUGUGGAUGGAGUUGUUUGUGGAUGGAGUUGUUUGUGGAUAGAGUUGUUU